UCUCUCUUUCUCUUUCUCUUUCUUUUUUUCUUCUCCCUCUCCCCCCCAAAAAAAUAGUGUCUUGUUGAUCAUAAGGGGGUUGCUUGGUUGCAUCAAAUGAUUUGAAAAGAGAGUCAAAUCAAAUCAAAAGAAGUUUUAUCUAUCUAUCUUUCUAUCAAUCUAUCUCAUGUUUUGAUCUAUUCACAGUUGCAAGUGGAAGGAAGAGAGUGAUAGAAUUCCAAACAUAGAUCAUAUAUAUAUAUAAGAGAGAUGAGAUAAAGAAAGCACGUGUACAACACUUCAAUUUACAUCACAAUCUGCAGAGUGAAGUAACAAAAAAAAUUUGAUGGCAACAUAUUUUCAUAAUAAUUCAGAAAUCCAAGGUGGUUCUGACGGCCUUCAAACACUCAUUUUCAUGAACCCAUCAGGUUACAUCAAUUACUCCGACGCGCCGCAACCGCCGCCACACGCCGGUAACCUUGUUUUUCUCAAUUCAGCCGCCAAUCACCCCGGCAACACUUCCCUCCACCACCAACAACAACAGAGUCUAUCUCACGCGCCACCACAGUUUGUCGGGGUCCCGCUCUCGGCAGAACAACAAUCAGUACAUGCCCAUCAUGACGUUUCCGCUUUGCAUGGCUUCCCACCGCGCAUGCAGUACAACAUGUGGAACCCCGCCGACCCUAAUUCAGCGGCGCGUGAAGCCACACGCGCUACUCAGGGACUGUCAUUAAGCUUACAUGCUCAAGGGUCGGGCGAGGACACGCGUGUUCCCGUUGGUGGGUCGGGUUCCUCUGCUUCGAACGGUGUUUCGGGGAUACAGAGUGUGUUAUUGAGUUCUAAGUAUUUGAAAGCUACACAAGAGUUACUUGAUGAAGUUGUUAAUGUUAAUGGUGGGAUUAAGGUUGAAAAUGUUAAGAAGAGUUUUGAGAAAAAUAAGGUUGUUGGAGAAUCUUCAACUGCGGUUAGUGGAGAAGGUGGUUCUGUUGGUGGUGAUGGAAAUGGAAAACGUAGCACUGAGUUAUCAACUACAGAGAGACAAGAAAUUCAGAUGAAGAAAGCUAAGUUAAUUAACAUGCUUGAUGAGGUGGAACAAAGAUACAGACAAUAUCACAACCAAAUGCAGAUGGUGAUUUCCUCAUUUGAACAAGUUGCAGGAAUUGGUUCAGCAAGAACCUACACUGCCCUAGCACUACAAACAAUCUCCAAGCAAUUUCGAUGUUUAAAAGAUGCAAUUACCGGCCAAAUUAGAGCUGCAAAUAAAAGCUUAGGAGAAGAUGAUAGCUUUGGUGGCAAAAUUGAAGGGUCCAGGCUCAAAUAUGUUGAUCAUCAUUUAAGACAACAAAGAGCUAUUCAACAAUUGGGAAUGAUUCAUCAUAAUGCUUGGAGACCUCAAAGAGGAUUGCCCGAAAGAUCUGUUUCUGUUCUUCGUGCUUGGCUUUUCGAACAUUUUCUCCAUCCUUAUCCCAAGGAUUCAGACAAACACAUGCUUGCAAAGCAAACAGGACUUACUAGGAGCCAGGUUUCAAAUUGGUUCAUAAAUGCUCGAGUUCGUCUUUGGAAACCAAUGGUGGAAGAAAUGUACAUGGAAGAGAUGAAGGAUCAAGAGCUGAAUGGUUCCGAGGACAACAAAUCAAGCAAAAAUACCGAUGAAGAUCCUUCGAUGAAAACACCAACUCCACAAGAAAGAGUUCCAACCUCGGAAACAGAAUCCAAAAGUUUCAAUUCCAAACAAGACAUUCCUAUGGUUUCAGUUUCAACACCAUCAACUUCACCUAUUGGUGUGAAUGUUAGAAACAAUUCAGGAUUCAGCUUCACAGAACUUGAUGGAAUAACACAAGCAAGUCCGAAGCGAACAAGGAACCACGAAAUUCUUCAAUCACCAAAUCAUGUGAAGUCCAAUGAAACAACAGCUAAUAAUGAACAAAUUUCAAUGAAAUUUGGUGAUGAUAGACAAAGUAGAGAUGGUUAUUGUUUCAUGGGAAACCAAACUAAUUUCAUUGCUGGUUUCGGUCAAUAUCCAAUGGAGGAAAUCGGAAGAUUUGAUGCGGAACAAUUUGCACCAAGGUUUUCAGGUAAUAAUAAUGGUGUUUCACUCACUCUUGGUUUGCCUCAUUGUGACACAUUAUCAGGAACACAUCAAAGUUUUAUGCCAAACCAAAACAUUCAACUAGGAAGAAGAUUGGACAUUAGUGAAACUAAUGAGUUUGGUGACUCUUCAGCUGCAUUUGAGAGUAUCAACAUGCAGAAUCCAAAGAGGUUUGCCGCACAAUUGUUGCCGGAUUUUGUGGCAUAAAUAAGACAUUGAAGGGAAAUAGAUGAUACAAUUGGGGAAACGGAGUCUCUGCGAUGAUUGCGUCUCGCAAUUUUUAAUCUUGACUGUUCGAUCUAAAUCAAUGACGGAGAGAUUAUAAUCUGAACUGUCUGAUCUCAAAUCAAUAGUCGAUAUCAUUUCCAACAUGUAAAUGUGCGCUUCUCUUACUGCAGGGAAUCUGGAUCCAUAGCAAUGAUUGUGUUUCUCUCUUGAGUUCUUGAAAUAUAUGUUUUUACUUUGGGGAGUAGUGAAGUAUUGUAGUGUAUAAAGAAAGAAGGAAUUGGAUUAUUCUAGUAUAGGUGUAUACCCUGCAUAGAACCAUUUGAGUUCUUAGAUAGCAUAGGGAUUUGAAAGUAUAUGGUUGAGGUUGUAUAUUAUUUUUGUAAGUUUUGAAGAUGGGAUGGAUAGAUGGGUUUAUAUCAUAAAGUUUCAAUUGGUAAAGAUGACAAUAUAUCUUCGAUUGAGAAUAUAUGUUUUAUGGUUUGUUGUUGCAUAUA